AUGCAAACUUCGGAGGGUUCACCAGAUAUGAUGGAUCAGAAAUAUAACUCCGUGAGGCUGUCGCCAGCAGCAUCGAGUCGCAUACUCUACCAUGUGCCGUGCAAGGUCUGUCGGGACCACAGCUCUGGCAAACAUUACGGCAUCUAUGCCUGUGAUGGCUGUGCGGGCUUCUUCAAGCGCAGCAUACGCCGUUCCCGCCAGUAUGUGUGCAAGUCCCAGAAGCAAGGACUCUGUGUUGUGGAUAAGACGCACCGGAAUCAGUGCCGCGCUUGCCGUUUGCGCAAAUGCUUCGAGGUGGGCAUGAACAAGGAUGCCGUGCAACAUGAGCGGGGGCCACGCAACUCGACAUUACGUCGUCACAUGGCCAUGUAUAAGGAUGCUAUGUUAGGGGCUGGGGAUAUGCCACAGAUUCCGCCGGAAAUCUUGAUGAAUACGGCGGCUCUGACGGGCUUUCCUGGUCUGCCCAUGCCUAUACCACAGCAUCCGCAUUCGCAUCCUGGCUUGAAUGCCGCCUUUCAGCCACCGGCAGUAUUGGACUUAUCUGUGCCAAGGGUGCCGCAUCAUCCCGUGCAUCAGGGCCAUCAUGGCUUCUUCUCGCCCACGGCAGCUUACAUGAAUGCGCUGGCCACGCGUGCCUUGCCUCCCACACCGCCGCUGAUGGCUGCCGAGCACAUUAAGGAGACGGCCGCUGAGCAUCUGUUUAAGAACGUCAACUGGAUUAAGAGUGUGCGCGCCUUUACGGAACUGCCCAUGCCGGAUCAGCUGCAACUGCUGGAGGACUCCUGGAAGGAGUUCUUUAUACUAGCCAUGGCUCAGUAUCUGAUGCCCAUGAACUUCGCUCAACUGCUCUUUGUCUAUGAGUCGGAGAACGCCAAUCGCGAGAUCGUGAACAUUGUUUCCAGGGAGGUGCACGCAUUCCAGGAUGUGCUUAAUCAGCUGUGCCACAUGAACAUUGAUAGCACAGAGUACGAGUGCCUGCGCGCCAUUUCCCUCUUCCGCAAAUCGCCGCCGGCUGCUAGCUCCACAGAAGAUCUGGCCAAUAGCUCCAUACUGACGGGCAGCGGAAGUCCCAACUCCAGUGCUUCCGCUGAGUCGCGUGGUCUCCUCGAGUCCAGCAAAGUGGCAGCCAUGCACAAUGAUGCACGCAAUGCUCUCCACAAUUACAUCUCUCGCACCCAUCCGAAUCAGCCGCUACGCUUCCAGACCCUCCUCGGCGUCGUCUCUCAAAUGCACAAGGUCUCCAGCUUCACAAUCGAGGAGCUCUUCUUCCGCAAGACCAUCGGCGACAUCACCAUUGUACGUCUGAUAUCCGAUAUGUACAGUCAGCGUAAGAUCUGA